GCAUUUUAGAUAAAGAUAUUGCACACAACAUGCGACACAUGCGCGUGCGCGUCGAUUAACAAAAUUUCAAGGUGGUUUUUAAUUAGUUUCGUGGCAUUGUGUCCAUUCAAAAAAAGUGUCGUAAUUUUGUUUUAAAAACAACUAUACGCAUUGUGUUAUACAUCGUACGUUAUAUAUGCGUCACACACGCGUAUUAUAUAUAGGGAAAAACCGCGAUGAAGCUCGCUCGUUGAGUUUAAUUCGACUGCAAGUGCGAUGGUGCAGGAGCUCGAAGUUCAAAGCGGGAAGUCAACCGUUAACAAAAAGACCGCCGUGGUCGACUGGAUCGAUUACAUCGACUCGUCGAUUACGUAUGACGAAUUCUUCUCGAAAUACCUAGUGGAGAACAAGCCCUGUAUCUUCAAGUCGAGUAUAACAGAGAAUUGGUCGUGCAAGAGGCAAUGGAAUUUAGAUGGUGCGCCGGACUUCGACGUUCUCGACAUAUCGUUUGGAGAUUGCGUGGUGCCAAUCGCUGAUUGCAAAACGAGGUAUUACAAUUCACAAUCCAAAGACGACAUGAGAAUGAAGGACUAUCUGAAUUACUGGAUGGACUAUGCCAAGAAUAAUUACCCGGAUUCUAUGCCGCUUCUAUAUCUGAAAGACUGGCAUUGCCAGAAGCUGUUUCCCAAUGCUCCUAUGUACACUGUACCUGAGUACUUUGCAUCCGACUGGUUGAAUGAGUAUUACAUGGCACAUCCUGACUUGAACGAUGAUUACAGAUUUGUGACACCAUUGCAUGCAGAUAUAUUUGGAUCCUACAGUUGGUCUGCUAAUAUAGUUGGAGAAAAACGUUGGCUACUCUUUCCACCAGGUCAGGAAGAUUUUCUUAGGGAUAUACAUGGUCAGUUGAUAUACGAUGCGAUGUCCAAGGAACUUGAAAACUAUGCUGUGUACAAGGCCUACGACAAGCGAGCAAUAAAAUAUAUCGACGUGAUUCAGAAAGAAGGCGAAAUUAUAUUUGUGCCAUCUGGAUGGCAUCAUCAAGUUUGGAAUAAAGAGGAUACCGUUUCCCUUAACCAUAAUUGGAUCAAUGGCUGUAAUAUUAUGAACGUAUGGCACGGAUUGAAAAAGGAAUUGAAUUCUGUAAUGAAAGAAGUUAGUGACUGUAAGGACAUGAGCAAUUGGGCAGAACAAUGUCAAUUAAUAUUGAAAUCAACAUACGGAAUGGAUUAUAAUUUGUUUUUUGAUUUUCUGAAGUACAAACUUGGACUUAAUCACUGCAUAUUUGAUCUGCAUUCAAUAAAAUUGACGUUAAUAGAUUUUAUUAAUGAGAUGGAAGAGAAGUCCAUUUAUUAUCUGAUCUGUGAAAAGCAGCAGGCUCAUAAAUUGUUAAAUAAGAUUUUAUUGUUUUUACAAUCGUACGAUUCAACUGCUCAUACGUCCACAUGA